UCACUCUUGGGAGUCUUUUCUCCCUCUUCUCCUCUUGUUGUCAUAACCUGAUAAAUAAUCACUCCAAUUAUAUUUCCACACUAUGAACAAGUAAAGUAAAACCCAAACUAAAUAAACCCUCAUACUAAUUUAUUUCUUCAAUCAUCAUCAUCAUCUCUUCACUAAAAUCCAAACCCCAAAACCUGGUACCUUACAUACACAUAUACAUAUAUCAAUAUUCAAUUCAAUACUAUAGUAUAGUAUGAUAUGUCAUAAUAAAAUAUAAUAUUACUAUUAUUGCUAUUGUGUUAUUUUAUUUUUUAUAUAUGGUUGCCGGCGAUGCCGACGCCGGUAAGCUCCGCUCGUCAAUUCCUAACCGACGAAGCGGCGCGUGCCCUCGACGACGCAGUAGCCGUCGCACGCCGUCGCAGCCAUGCACAAACAACCUCCCUUCACACCAUCUCCGCCUUACUCUCCCUCCCAUCUUCAUCCCUCCGCGACGCCAUCUGCCGAGCUCGAACCGCCGUUAGAUUCCCGUCAUUCUCGCACCGUCUUCACCUCCGAGCACUUGAGCUCUCCGUCGGCGUAUCCCUCGACCGCCUCCCGUCGUCAAAACCAUCUCCGGUAGAAGAGCCGCCGGUUUCGAAUUCUCUCAUGGCGGCGAUCAAAAGGUCUCAGGCGAAUCAACGCCGGUCGCCGGAGAGUUUUCAUUUCUACAACCAUAACGGAACGACGCCGUCUUUGUUGAAAGUUGAACUGAAACACUUCGUUCUAUCCAUUCUUGAUGAUCCUAUAGUGAACCGUGUUUUCUCUGAAGCUGGUUUUCGUAGUUGUGAUGUUAAACUUGCUUUACUUCAACCACCGGUUCAAUCAUCAUCCCGGUUUUUAUCCUCUCCGCCGGUUUUUCUUUGUAAUCUUGAACCGGGUCGAACCGGGUUAACUCCUUUUCCUUUAGGGGUUGAUGAGAAUUCAAGAAGAAUAGCUGAGGUUAUAGCAAUGAAAGGUAAAAAGAUGAAUCCUUUGUUGAUGGGUGUUUAUGCAAAAGAUGCUUUUAGAAAUUUUGUUGAGUUGUUACAAAAGGGUUUAGGUGGUGGUUUGUUUCCACCUGGGAUGUCUGGUUUGAGUGUUGUGUGUGUUGAAAAGGAGAUUGUCGAGUUUGUUAAGGAUGGUGGGAGUGAGGAGAAGAUGGGUUUGAGGUUUAAGGAAGUGGGGUGUGAGGUGGAGAAAUGUUUGGGUGCUGGUGUUGUUGUUGGGUUUGGAGAGAUUGAGGUUUUGGUUGGGGAUGAUGUGGAUGGUGGAUGUAUUAAGUUUGUUGUGUCGGAGUUGGGGAGAUUGUUGGAGGUUUAUGGUGAGAAGGUUUGGUUGAUGGGUGUGGCUGAAACGUCGGAGGCUUAUUCGAAGUUUUUGAGGUUGUUUCCGGGUGUGGAGAAGGAUUGGGAUUUGCAUUUGGUUACUGUGACAUCUGCUACUCCUUCAAUGGAAGGACUCUACUCUAAAUCCAGUUUGAUGGGGUCCUUUGUUCCAUUUGGUGGAUUCUUUUCUACACCUCCUGAAAGCAAAAGUCCCAUUAGCUCUGCAAAUGCAUCAUUUACUCGCUGUGACAAAUGCAAUGAAAAGUAUGAACAAGAAGUUGCUGAUGCUUUUAAGGUAGAUCCUGCUACUCUGGCAUCAAAUUACACAACAAGCUUGCCUUGGUUUAAAAAGGUUGUUGAUGUGGAUACACAUGGAGGACUUGAUGUGGCAAAGGUAAAUGAAGAAAAUACAAGCUUGAAUGAUAAGAUAUUGGGAUUUCAAAAGAAAUGGAAUGAUAUUUGUCAACGUCUUCAUCAAGCAAGGUCUCAUGUCCCAUCACUUGAAGUUUUACGGUUUGGUUCAGGUUUUAACGAAGGCAGCAGUAAAGAUUCAUCACUUAAUGAACUCCAACGUUCUAGUCCAUUUUCCUACAUGCCUAAAGAGUUGCAUGGUACUUUUCCAUCAAAACAUUUAUCACCCACUCCAGUACAUACUGGUAGAGUUAGUGUCAAUGUUGGAACUGAUCGUGUGCCGAAAGUUACAGAGACUCAACAAAAUGACAUGACGACUCCUUGGCUCGCCCCUUCACGUAUGGCCAAUAUGAGUGUACUGGAAAACAAAUCAUCUUCAUCCCUUAUUCCUGUGACCACAGAUUUAGGAUUGGGAACGUUAUAUACAUCAACACCAAUUGCUCACAAGCCAGAUACUUCAGAAUUUCAAGAUAAAAUAAAGCAUUUUGAGCACUUUCCAGAGUCUACUUCAGCUGAUUCUGUUGCUGUCAAUGGAAAUACAUCACAUAAGAUUGCUAGAUCCUCCUUCCCGGCUUCAAACAUGGCAACAAAAUUUGAUUCAGUAGAUUUCAAGUCUCUUAAUAAACUUCUCUUUGAAAAGGUUGGCUGGCAGAAUCAGGCGAUAUGUGAUAUCAACCGAACUCUGUCCCUUCAUAAAUCCGGUGAAGGGAAGAGCAGAGACUUGCAUGGUAGAGCAGACAUAUGGUUUGCUUUCCUAGGACCAGAUAGAAUUGGAAAAAAGAAAAUUGCUUCGGCACUUGCAGAGACUAUAUUUGGAAAUACAGAAAGCAUCAUCUCUUUGGAUCUCGGCUUCCAAGACGGGCUUUACCCACCGAACUCGAUUUUCGAAUGCCAAAAGUCAUUAUGUUAUGACUUGUUUAUAAGGAAAACAGUUGUGGAUUAUAUUGCUGGGGAGUUGAGUAAAAAUCCUCAUUCCGUUGUCUUUCUAGAAAAUGUAGAUAAAGCUGAUUUUCUGGUGCAGAGUAGUUUGUUGCAGGCAAUAAGAAGAGGUAAAUUUCCAGACUCGCGUGGAAGGGAAAUAAGCAUCAACAAUGCAAUCUUUCUUUUAUCCUCGACUGUCUGUAAAGGCAACGGCUCUUCUGCUUUGGUGGAAGGCAACUUAUUUUCUGAAGAAACAAUACUUGAAGCCAAAAGAUGUCAAAUGCAAUUACUACUCGGAGAUACAUCUGAGGAUGCCAAAAGAAGCUUUAGUACAAAUGUCAAGAUUGUGCGGAGGAAAGGGUUUUCCAAACCAUCAUUUAUGAAUAAAAGAAAACGAGCUGAUACUAGUGACUUCAAAGAGGGAGCAGCAAGCAAGAUGCAAAAACAGGUUUGCGAGACAUCGAUGUCCUGUCUGGAUUUAAAUAUGCCUCUAGACGAGGGUGAAGAAGGUAUGGACGAGGACAACAAUGACCAUGAACGCGAUUUUGUAGUGGAAAACUCAGAUUCCUGGUUUAGUGAUUUCUGCGAUAAAAUGGACGAAAAAGUGGUUUUCAAGCCAUUCGAUUUUGAUGCACUUGCUGAACAAUUACUAAAAAGCAUUAGCAUACAAUUUGAAAAGGCAUUUGGUUCAGAGUUUCAGUUGGAAGUCAAUUAUGAGGUAAUGGCACAGAUACUUGCCGCUGCUUGGUUAGCAGACAAGAAAGAUGCAGUGGAUAAUUGGGUUGAAAGUGUACUUGGCAAAGGCUUCUUUGAAGCUCAGCAGAAAUACCACCCUGUAACUAAAUAUGUUGUGAAACUAGUUAACUGUGAAUCUAUUUUUGUCGAAGAACCUGAUCUUGGAGUAUGCCUUCCUGCUAGCAUUAACUUGAAGUAAAUUUUGGCUUACUAUUUAGUAUUAUUGUAAUUACUUGUAAAAUGUAGCUUUUAGAUAUAACAUAUGGUAGUUGGUAGCAUUGUUCAGCUUAUUAAUCUCACAUUUUUUGUUGUGCUGAUCAUCGUGUUGUAAGUUUUAUGAUGAUAAAAGAAUGUGUAGUUUUCUCUGGUAUAAUACCUAGUUAACAUGUAUUUUCUCUGUA